CAGAGACGAUGAUCAAGCGACAUCGGUUAUUCACAAGAGGCAAAAAUAAAAGGAUACUGCCCUCAAGAUGAACGUAGGCAUUACGUUGACUUGCAUUGGCGUGCUUUUCAUCGGAGUUGCUUUGGCCCAAGAGACACUGAAGCCUGAAGCUCGGCCAGCACAGGCUGUACAGCUGGCACCAAGACCGCAGGCAGUACCUUCUGACGCUUCGGGACCCAUCAGCAGAAAUCUACGUGCAGGACGUGCAAAGCGAUCGUUUUAUGGUUUUGGUUAUGGCUUAGGAUAUGGUUAUGGUUUAGGCUACGGAUACCCUUACGGCUAUGGUUACGGUUACGGCUAUCCAUACGGGCCCUAUGGCGUCUAUGGUGAAUUCUAUGGGGGCUUCUACCCUCGAUACUACGGCGCGUGGUGGUAGGCCAGUUAUGUAAGGGACCGUCGACUAGUCCGAUAUAUAGUCCUGAGUUUGAAAAAAAAAAAUUAGAAAGUGAACGUUUGUUCCAAAUUUAAAACCGAUGAGGUCGAUUGGCAAGCUGAAGCCUUUUUCUCUACUAUUGAAGUGUGUAUAUCAUUGUUGAGUUGAACAAAUCAUAAGCGAAUUACUGAUAAAUCGAUCAUAUUUUAUCUAUUAUAUUUACUGCGAGCUAUGUUUCAGCUGCCCGCUGCUUAAUUUCAAUUUAAGUAACUACUUCAGCAGAACCUUAUGAGCAAUUUCAGCGUAGGAAAUGCAGUACAGCUGGGUUCAGAGCUAAAACGUGGACAGGUUACAAGUUUGUACGUUUCACCGUGUUGGUUUAUUCUACGAAUUCAGAGUUAUUGAUUUACGAAAAAGUAUGUUAAUCUAUACAGACCGUACUAGAGCUGACUGAGGCUGCAAAAAGAAUUGCUAAAAUUAAACAGUUGGCUAUUCUAACCGAACUUAUUGCCAUAAUAAUCCUAUAGGAUUCCCGGCUGCAAGCUCUAAUAUCACUGUUAUGAUAAAUACGCCUCUGGGUCUCGUUAACGAACAAAUAAAAAGAUAAGCUAAAUUGAGUUUGAAUCUUCCAUAUUUGUUCCGCGAUUGUAUGUGAUGACAAACAGUGAGCCUGAAAGGCAAUGAAGCGACGCAACGACGUACAGCGAGUACAGAUGCCUCUAGUGUGUUGGAUACAGCAUCUAGGUUUAGAACGCUUGCGUGACUGCUUUUCACGCGACAUCUCCUUUUUUCCAAUUUGAGCCCUUGUUCCUGCUUACAUGUUGCCCCGUCUAGGGCAAUGACUUCUUGCAUUGCACAAUCGCGCAUUGACCAUCGUUACGGCCAGAUAUAUCUAGUAGAAGACGUACGAAAGAAUCGUUUGCAAAGUUAAAGAGCUCGACCCAUUUGUAGUUAGCUUAAAUUUCUGUUGUUUUUAAAGAAAAACGUUACAGUAAAGGGAAGUGAAUAUGUGUGUAUGUUAAGCACAGCAUAUUUGUUGCAGCAGCAACUGUUGAUAUCUCAGCUUUCGUUAUCCUGCCAGAAUUUAGUUCUGUAUUGUUACACUCAGAUAUUCCAUUGAGGUUCCUCAUUUGUGUUGUAAGUCAAGAAUAUAGCCGACUUUCAAAUACGAACUUAAUAGACCAAAACCAAAAUGAAGUCUGCCUGGUCACUGGCAGUAUUUACAA